UAUUCUGACACGUGCUCUAAUCACGAGGGACAACUGAUGGCGAAGGGAGACGAAGCAAGCAUGAGCGACGAAGAGAAAGAAAUCGACAUCGAAAGCGACGAGGAGGGAACCGAAAAUGUCGAAGAAACUCAAUUCAUGACCCAGGCCGAUAAGAGAGCCCACCAUAAUGCCUUAGAAAGAAAGAGGAGAGAUCAUAUUAAAGAUAGUUUUGCUCAUCUACGAGAUUCGAUACCGUCCCUUCAAGGAGAGAAGGCAUCAAGAGCACAGAUUUUAAACAAGGCUACUGACUACAUACAAUUUAUGAGGAGAAAAAAUCAUACACAUCAAACUGACAUUGAUGACCUCAAACGACAAAAUGGUAUACUUGACCAACAAGUCCGUGCACUGGAGAAAGCUCGUAAUUCUGGACAGCUUAGUAUUGAUGCAACAACAGCUCUGCUGACAUCCACAGAUAAUAUCCUCAGUACUUCGCCGUCAGGAGAUGGGCUCCUUGAUGGACAACUGAAACAAGACCCAAGUUCACCUUUGUCCAUCAAAGUGGAAAACAACAAUGCAGAGGUCACUUCAGAUGAUGAGUACAGUAACAGAGCAAAAAGGAGAAAGCGGGACAUUUAGCUUCUGAAAUUUCUCUAGAGUGUGUAGGUGCUGCAAGAUUUUCUCUUAAUCGAACCAGCUGAAAAAUAGCUUGUCUAAUGCGGGUAGAUUUUUUUAAUUUUUUUCUUAUUGUACAGUAUGUAAACUGCCUAAACAUCUGGAAAAUUUGUAAUUUAGGGACCUUGGGAAACUUUAGAGAGAGUAAUGUGUAAACCUUACCAAACGGUAUCACCAUGAUGCUGACUUCUAGUUACGGUAGAUUACACACUUCUCUGUCAGCUGAUGUUGCAAAAAACAUGGACUAAUUCAUGAUAACAGCUCAUCAGAAAAAAGGAAAAUAAUUAUUACAGGUAGCCAUCCCAACAGGAGCUCAACAUGAACUGAAUAUGAAGGACUGCAAGAGUAGGAAACAUGGGUGUUGUUGUCCCGUGCUUGGUUACCUAGUCUAUCAGGUGUCAUCAACCAUUGCAUAUUAUGCAAUGUGAUAUCAAUUCUCAUAACCAAUGUUCAGAAAAUCCAUGGCAAGAAAUUAGGAGAAUUAUCACUUUGAUCAAUGAUUGACACUGUCAAGCCUGAUGUUUGACAUUUUAGCCCAGCAUUCAUUUAUACUCAUUGCAACAGUUAAAAAAAAUCCUAUUUUAGUUAAGGUCUGGCCAAAUUAAUGUAAUCAUGUAGCUCACUGUUUUACCACAAGACUUCCUUUUCUAAACUUUCUUAGAAAUUUCAAGUUCAGAUCUUUACUGAGUUAACCUUAAAUCCUUCCAUUGCUUGUGAGGAGAUAUUACUUGAUCAAACACUUAAUUCUCAAGACUGGUAUCCAGAUUAAAUUGUCACCAAUGAUAAAGAGAAUUGAACUUUUGGUCAGGUUUUGAUCCAAGUCAGCUUGUAUACAGCUUUGACAGCUGCAUUCACAUGUUUUAAAAAAAAUAAGGUGAACAAAGAAUGAUGUAGCUGUGUCUGCCUGACCUAAGUUUUUUUCUGAUGUUAUGGGUUGGUUCUGCUUCUAAUUUCUUCUUUUUCCUUGUACAUUUUGUAAAUUAUUCCGGUGAAUUUUUAAUGUGGGUUUUCAAUUGAUCUGAAAUUUGAUUAGGUGCUGUAUGGGAAAUGUUCUAACCUCAAACAACCCUUUCACUGCCAGAAGUGACCAUAGAGUAAUUUCUCUUUAUGAUAUCAUGCAGCCUAGUUAGGAGAAUAAAGAUUUGAGUUAAAACCAAACUCUCAGAGCUUCAAAUAUGAGUAAUGUAUGGCGGCAGUGUGGAGAAUUUUCAGUUAGAUCAUGGGAGUGAGAGGGUUUAAUUGAGUUUAACUAUCUUGUCCAAUAACAGUCUGUAUAUGUAGUAAGUGAAGCAAUUACGAAAUAUAGUGUCUGUUUUAAUAUCAUUUUACAGUUCUGGA